AGGUAUUAUACCCUCUAUGCUUGGUUGUUGCCUUGUGUAUUCAGUGUUAGAACUUGGAGACCGGUGAGACAGGUGUCUAAUUUUUUCAAUACCUCGUACCAGAAAUUAGUCCAGAAAUGCCACAUUAUAAGCUUACAUACUUUAACGUUACCGGAAGAAUAGAACCUGCGAGAGUUAUGUUCCAUUAUGGUGGAAUUCCUUUUGAAGACGUUCGAAUAGAGCAUGCCGAUUGGCCAAGCCUAAAACCAACAAACUCCCUUUGGAGAACUACCAUUUUGGAAAUCGAUGGUAAGAAGUAUACACAAGGAGUCUCGUUGUCUAGAUAUGUAGCCAAUAUUGUUGGUUUGGUAGGAAAAACUAACGAAGAAAAUUUGGAAAUCGAAAUUGCAGUCAAUAUUGUGUCCGAGCUCUUAAUAACUGCUUAUGAAUUCCAUUAUGAACCUAAUGAAGAAAAGAAGAAGCAAAACUUAAAAAAACUUAAUGAAUUGAUGGAUAAAUACUUACCCGUCCUUGAUGAAGCUGCCAAAAAGAAUGGAGGUCAUCUUGUUACUAACAGGCUUACCUGGGCAGAUAUCUUCUUUGUAACAUCGUAUGAAGAUAUAAGACAUUUACUUGAAAAUAAGGAUAUUGUAAAAGAUUUUUCUGGAUUACAAAACUUGAAGAAGAACGUACUAUCAGAAAAAAAUAUUAAGCAGUAUAUCCAGAGCCGUCCAAAACUUCCAACCUAUAAGUACGAUCUAAGAAGUGAAUUGUAAUUUUUUUAAUAUCAUGAAAUAUGUAUUUUCAUUGUGUAAAAACAUUGUGUGUUAAAUCUUCUAAAACAUUUUUAAUACAAUAUAUAUAA